GAUUGCAGUUCCGUUCGAUCUCGUUGUACUGUAAAACAUGGCGGCCUAUAGUUCUGACUUUAAACACCUUUUCUCCAAUCUGGGGCAGAGUUAUUUAUUAAUAGUCUCUUUUGUAAACGCCUUUUCUGGAAAACUAUGCGAUUUGAAGAGGGUAUGAAUAUGAAACCAAUGAAGAUAAAUUGUCUGUUGUUUCUUGUACUGACUCUUUUCAGAAGAAAUAUAGAUUUUUAUGAAGUUUUUUAUAAUUAUUGAUUUUGCCACCAUUUUGGUUGCUAAGCGUAUCUAGGAAAAACGUCACAUCCGGCGAAAAGAGCAUAGGCACAUCCUGUUUUGUAUCCACUUGGUAUAUAUAGUAUCUAUGAUCCAAGUAAAGUGAAAGACGCUGUACCAAUAACAUCCCGUUUGCGGCGUAAUGAUCAGUCGUCUACACUAUACAGCACGUCAAUAAUGGACAAGACUAAUGUCAUUUGUCUGAUAUUUGCUGCACUUUUAUUUAAUGUUAAUGGGCAAGGCAAUGGUGCUGUGAGACUAAAUAAUUAUGGUAACACGGAUGUUACUAAUACCAGAGGUGUUGUUGAGGUGUACUUCAAUUCACGUUGGGGGCCUAUCUGUAUCAAAGACUCAUCUUACAACCACAUUGGUGAUGUCGUCUGUCACCAGUUGGGAUUCAAUGGUGGGAGCUCUGGAAGUGUUAGUCAUGAUAAUCCUUUAAACACUGAAGCAGUACUUACCACUGUCACAUGUGAAAAAGAUAUGCUGGUAAUACUACAGUGUCGCUAUGAAACUUCUGUCUCUUCUUGUGAACCUUCUGAAAGUGUUGAAGUUCACUGCAAUACAGCUAGAUUAUCGGAUAAUCCUUACAAUGGCAUGGUACGCUUACAAGGAGGAUAUUAUUCUGGACAGGGAAUGGUUGAGAUUUAUUGCAAAGAAAGUUGGAAAGCUGUUUGCAAUGAUGAUCAAUUCUUCAAGGGUGAAGCAGCAGAUGUUGUUUGUGUUCAGCUUGGAUAUAACGGAUACCAACACUAUGAUAAGAUCUUAUAUAAUGGCUCUGCCUGGUUGCACGGUGUAGAUUGUAAAAGUGAGUCAUCAAGUAAAUGCCUCUCUGAUUGUAGUGGAGGCAGUUGUCGGGAUAGCUUUUUUAGAUGCACUAGCUAUGGAGUUAAUGUAACAUGCAAAUAUGAUACACAAAAUUCUGAUGAAGGUGGCCAUAUUAACACUUGUAAAAUUAAAAGUAGCAGGGCAGAUUCUGGUCUUUCUGGUGGUGCUAUUGCUGGAAUAGUGCUAGGAGCCUUUGCAGUAAUAUUUGCUCCUUUAUGUGCCUGCUGUUGCUAUAUACUUUGGAUAAGAAUUAAAUCCAAAAGAAAAGAUCCUGAAAGAAUACCCUUACAAAACAAACCAGAAAAAGACUAAUGAACAGCUACUAAUAAGUAUUUACUAGUGUUGUUUUAGUUACAAAAUUUAAUUUUAGUUUAGUAACUAUUAGUUUUUCCUCUUUUUUAUUAAAUUAGUUAGUUUAUAGUUUAGUUUUGCCCUUUUAUCAA